AUGAUCUUCACCUUCUCCUCCUUCGACGGCGCCCGGGCGUCCUGCGACAUCCACGCCUGCUCAGAGUCUCAGGGCUUCUCCGUGAAGGACUUCUCCACGAACUACUGCAACCUGAGGAACUUGUACUGCGGCAGCACGGAGGGCUGCGUGCCCGUGAAGCACGACUUCGAGACCUCCGAGGAGGAGGUGACGCCUUCGUGGUUCGGGGGAAGCGACAAGGACGCCUGCAUCGUGAAGUCCGAGGCGGAGACGGCGUUGGCCACGGUGGCCACGGUGGCCACGGUAGCCACGCCGAUGCUGCGACAGGUGCCACUGGGCGGCGUGGAGGACACCUUGGGGUGCGUGAGCAACAACUGCCCCAUGGACAAAGCCACGUUGCAGCCCAGCGCCAUGUGCGUCCUGGGCAACUGCACCAGCAACUUGGCCAAGUGCCUCUUCUCUGGGCUGCUUCGACCUGCUGAAGGCCACAGAUUCCAAGGAGGACGCGGACCGCUUCGUGAACCUCAUGGACUGCAUGCGCACGCACUGCCCCGGCUACCCGCCCAGCAAGACCUGCGUGGCGAUGCACUGCGUCGCGGAGGCUGGCGCGUGCGCGUUUCACUCGACCUGCCGAUCCGCCUUGGAGUGCGCCGACGGCUGCGUGCCGGCCAAGUACGCCGCGGCUCUGGCCGCCGCACAGCAGGCCACAGAGGUGGUCACAGAAGUGUGAGGCGUGAGGCGCGCACGUUUGAUCUAGAUGAGGCUUCUGCCCCGGCUGUUGUGCUUUGCUGCAAAGCCUCGCUUGGUGAGGUUUGUUGGGCCUCAUCGUGUGGCGGCAGUUCAGCACCGGGCUAG